AUGGCUAAAAAAGCAAGCACUUUUGGCGAUGAAUCAAGCAGAGGAGGCGCUGAGGUAUCUGGAGACCAUCCAUCAUCUAUGUUCGUUAUUGAUUGUGCAAAGCUUGCAUUGUUAAAAGGUGACGAUCUAGACGACCUUAUACAGGAAUAUGGCGUCGACUCAGCCGAUGCGAAAAGAAUAAAAAUUGUAAGAGCUUUGCAAACUGGUGAAACCCAUGAAUGUGCAUCGGAUGCUGAGUUGCUGUUGAAGGAUGAAUCCUUAACGUGGCGAGACAUCGUUCUUGUGGCUGAACUGAAUAUCCUCUUAGGGAAAGAUGCCACGACGUUGUUAGUAAAGGCAGCAAAGCUGAAUCCUCGCUCAAGUCGUGUAUUCUUCAUCCUUGGCAAAGCUUUGAGACGCAAAAAUCCGCCAAAGGCUCGUUCAUGCCUUGAGAGGGCAGUGAAGAUUCGGCCCACUAACGAGGAGUACGUCAAAGAGUUAGAUGAAUUGUACCAGGACGCUGGAGAAACCGUCGAAAACCGCCUGGCAUUGCUGAGCCAAUUAAAUGAGUAUAAAAAACCGAUGUGGUUGAGGAAAAAGUUGGUGGAGUGA